UUCUCUUUCUAGUCACAAUUCGCUGCUGGCCUUCUCCCGCGAUACCACCACACUCCUCUUUCACCUUUAUUUCAUUAUUAUUUUCUAUUGCAGGCAGCAGGCGCAGCAGUAAGAAAAUCGCGUUUUUUUAGUAGUACAUUUAACGAGAUAUACUUACGACGGUCGGUGUAUGUGCGGUGCGGUGUGGUGUAAAGUAACAGGUGUUUUUCUAUUCGGAUUUUUAUUUUUUUUUUUGGGGGAAUUUUGAAAGUGCCAAUGAUGACCGAGACGGUGGUGAAUGUCCAGGAAGCGCCGAAUAAUAAUGCCGCCCCUAAUAAGCCGCAGAGGGGGAACGAGCAGGCCCUUUCUUGGAUUAAAAUCAACAUUGAUUACUUUAAGACUACGCCUGGAUUGUUGAAAGUUGCCGAGUUCAUAUUGGGUAUAUUUUGUAUGGGGUUGGCCUCACCUGCUUUCGGUGGAGGAUCACACUUCUUCCUGUUCGUAGUUACAGUCAGCUUCAUCGGAACGAUCAUCUGGAUCUUUAUUUAUUUGUUGGGUAUUAGGGAGGCGCUCACUUUCCCUAUUAAUUGGAUUCUUACGGAAUUAGUGAAUACGGGCCUAGUAACAGUGGGCUACUUCAUCGGAUUCAUUCUUCAGCUGAUCACUUCUGCAGGACUCCACUACUCUUAUUAUCGCCGAGGGGCGCAUAUCACUGCUGGGGUUUUCGGCCUUUUUAACUUCCUAGUGUAUGGAUUUGCCACCUAUCUGUUACACCUUGAAUGGAAAGGCAGCAGGACGAAUCAAUGAGAUCUUUAGUUGUUAAAAAUGAGGUUAUGCUGAUGACUAAAUUAGGACUGUUUAGCUUUAAGAUCGUACCUACACAUGCUGUAGAUAUACAACAAACAAAAAUAAGUGCCUUUUGCAGCAGUUCAUUUAUUAUUAGUUACGUAAUUAUUUAUAAAUUAUAUUAUUUGUUAUAUGGUUUGUGAAAGUAUUAACAAAGGCACAUAAUCAGUUUAUGGCUUUAUAUAUUUUUUAGAGUUAGAAAUGGUUUCAAUGCAAUAAAAUUAAAAUUUUUAUAUAAAUAGUUGUAUAAAAGUACCGCCUUUGGGCGGUUUUUUUAUUCAACUAGCGAUACAUCACGUCAUGAAGAAUAUGACAUCAAACAUUUGUUUAAUGAUAAUAAUAAUAAAAUAAAAAGUUUUAUACUUUAGACCUUUUUGAAUUCUCCCGGUAGGUCAUUUAAAAAGCAUAAUAAUUAUUUUUCUGAAAUUAUUUAAAAUUUGUUCAACUUGUCAUUUUUAGCAACCAUCUCAAAUUUAUCUGUCAUGUAACCAUUUGUUUCUUAAUAGACAAUUGAUUAGGUAACUGCACGUAGGCAUGAACAUGUUUUGUUUAUCACAAGAUAAUUCAUUUUUUAAAAUUGUUUUAAAUUGAUUAUCUCUCUCAGUAUCUGUCAAUUUCGGCAGCCAUUUUGAAUUUAUAAGUUAAUGCAGUUGUAGAACUUUCAUGUGAAUGUUUGUUUAUUAAUGGACAAUUGAUCAGGUUACUGGAAGAAGUAUCGCAAUGUUUUGUUUAUCGUUUAAAAAGUAUUGAUAUAAUAGUUGUUUUCCUAAAAUUAUUUAAGAUUUGUGGCUGUUUAAAGCGCCCCCGGUCUCUAUUAAUUUUGACAGCCAUCUUGAAUGUAUAUGUUAGUCCAAUUGUAACUGUCACGUCACCCUAAUAAACAAUUGGUCAGGUGACUUGUGAUGAUCGACCAUAUUGGUUAGUUUAUUUACGACAGGGGUUAGUCAGAAAGUACUUUUUUACGUUUUUUGCUAGAAACCAAUUCCGUCUAAAUAAAAUAACAAAUUAAAGCAAUUUGAAAUGAUUAUAUUUAUUUUUGGGUGUUAUGAACACGUAUAUUAUGUGCUAAAAAUGAUUUAUUAAUGUUUUAGUGUGUAAGACGUAGGUUAAAUAUAGUUUUACUAGAUUUAUUUAAAUAAAAUAAGUGUUCUUACAAUAGAAAUUUACAAAAAAAAAUUGUUAUACAUAAAUAUAGUUAUUACACCAAUAUAAAUAAAAUAUGUCUUAUAAUAAUAAAUAUUUUUAUUUUUAA